AUGUCGUGGCCUCGAUCGCAGCUCUUGGAGAUUGGUGAUCAAACAUGGUGCCCUGCGUGGCUUCACCAACACGAGCAAUUUUCACUCACUCGAUUGUGGAAUCUUAAAAUACCCGGAUGGAGUCGGGGAAGUCUGGCAACACAGGCGUGUGCAGUGGUCCAAGAGCAUUUAAAGGACCUUUCUUCGUACACAAUUUUGGAUGUGUGCGCCGGUGCUGGUGGUCCUACCCCAGUUCUUGAGUCCGAGAUCAAUAAAAAACUUGAGUCCGAAGCCAAGGAACCUAUUCAGUUCAUUUUGAGUGAUCUCUUUCCUCAUCGUGAAGAAUGGAGUCGGAUCUCGAAAAAAAAGCAAAAUGUGACGUACAUCGAGACUCCUGUCGAUGCACGAGCUGCCCCUCGAGUUGCAGCAAAAGGCAAAAAAGAAUGUCGAAUCUUCAAUAUCUGCUUCCAUCACUUCGGAGAUAAAGAUGCGGCAGGUAUUCUGAGAAAUACGAUCGAGUCUGCCGACGCAUUCAUCAUAUUUGAAAUCACUGCACGCGAGGUGUGGACCUGCCUCUGUUCGCCAUUGGUCUUCUUCUGGGCUUUCUACGUAACACUUAUCUGGUAUUGGAACUCGCCCAUCCAUCUUCUCUUCACAUUUGUUCUGCCCAUAGCGCCCUUGGCAAUUUGGGUAGAUGGGCUCAUCUCCUGCCUGCGAACUCGCACCACAAAGGAAGUCCGAGCAUUGCUGGAUCAGCCAGGACUUGACCUCUCCAAGUGGACCUUCCACAGCGGACAGAAGACAGUCCAAUUUCCGUUCAUCACCUUGUAUUACUACAUUGGUGUGAAGGCGGAGUAA